AUGAGGUUACUUACUGUCCAGUCAAAGAGUCCGCUUUCGACUCUUUUCGUAACGUCGCUACUUGGCGUCCAAACGGUACAAGCGUCUAUUACUUUAGACCUAGGUAGUCCAGAGUCGAUCAAAGAUGCAACAAAGCAAGUUUCGGCCGGUUUAGUCAAGUACUACACCGGAUACAAGCCCGGUGAUGUACCAGGAAAUCUGCCCAGCCCUUACUACUGGUGGGAGGCAGGUGCUAUGUUCGCCGCUCUGAUUGACUACUGGUUCUAUACGGGCGACUCUCAAUAUAACGAUAUAACGACACAAGCUAUGCUUCACCAAGUUGGAACUGAUAAGAACUUCAUGCCUUCCAACCAGUCAGCAAGUCUUGGAAAUGAUGAUCAGGCUUUUUGGGGAAUUGCAGCCAUGACUGCCGCUGAAAAUAAGUUCCCGAAUCCUCCAAAUGAUAAACCACAAUGGCUUGAGCUUGCCCAGGCAGUUGUUCAUUCUCAGAUCCCUCGGUGGGAUGCAGACACAUGUGGGGGUGGCCUAAGAUGGCAGAUCUUUUCAUUCAACAAAGGUUUUCCUUACAAGAACACCAUUUCUAAUGGUUGCUUUAUCAAUAUUGCUGCCCGACUUGCACUCUACACGAAGAAUGACACUUAUGCCAAGGAGGUUGAAAAACAUUGGGAGUGGAUGGCUGAUAUUGGAUUGAUCAGCCCGACUUGGCAAAUUUUCGACGGAACAGACUCGCUCAAAAAUUGCAGCCAACUGAACCAUAUCCAAUGGACGUAUAAUAAUGGUGUGUUGCUGGCAGCAGCAGCUGCCAUGUAUAACUACACCAAUGGGGCCGACAUUUGGAAGAAACGUCUGGACGGUCUUAUCGACGGAGCCGGAGUGUUCUUUUCCAAGGAUCCACCAGAUGUUAUGACCGAAGUUGCUUGCGAGGCGAACGGUAAAUGUGGAGUUGACCAGCGCUCCUUCAAAGCAUACCUUGCUCGUUGGAUGGCACUGACCAUCCGAAUUGCGCCUUAUACCCGUGAGAAACUAAUGCCUCGACUACAAGCUUCUGCCAAGGCGGCCGCAUUGCAGUGUAACGGACCUGAAAAUGCUUGCGGCCUACGCUGGACCAUGGGUGCUGCAUACGAUGGCUCGACCGGCGUCGGAGAACAGAUGUCUGCAUUGGAGAUUAUGCAGGCACAUUUGCUUGACUAUGUCGGUGGCCCGGCAAACAACAAGACAGGCAUAAGCAGGGGAAACCCAAAUGCGGGCACAGGCAAAGAAACCAAGUAUACCAAACUCAGUGAUAUCACCACCAAGGACAGAGUUGGCGCUGGGUUUUUAACCAGUGUUAUUCUGCUGAGUGUCCUUGGUAGUGCUUGGUGGAUGCUAUCUUGA